GGCCGCGGGGGCCCCGGGGCCGGCGGUGCCGGGGUCAUCGGGAUGAUGCGGACGCAGUGUCUGCUGGGGCUGCGCACGUUCGUGGCCUUCGCCGCCAAGCUCUGGAGCUUCUUUAUUUACCUUUUGCGGAGGCAGAUCCGCACGGUAAUUCAGUAUCAGACUGUUCGAUAUGAUGUCCUCCCCUUAUCUCCUCUGUCCCGGAAUCGACUAGCCCAGGUGAAGAAGAAGAUCCUGGUGCUGGAUCUGGAUGAGACACUUAUUCACUCUCACCAUGAUGGGGUCCUGAGGCCUACAGUGAGGCCUGGAACACCUCCCGAUUUCAUCCUCAAGGUGGUAAUAGACAAACAUCCUGUCCGGUUUUUUGUACAUAAGAGACCACAUGUGGAUUUCUUCUUAGAAGUGGUAAGCCAGUGGUAUGAACUUGUGGUGUUUACAGCAAGCAUGGAAAUUUAUGGCUCUGCUGUGGCAGAUAAACUGGACAAUAGCAGAAGCAUUCUUAAGAGGAGAUACUAUAGACAGCACUGCACUUUGGAGUUGGGCAGCUACAUCAAAGACCUCUCUGUGGUUCACAGUGACCUCUCCAGCAUUGUGAUCCUGGAUAACUCCCCCGGGGCUUAUAGGAGCCACCCAGACAAUGCCAUCCCUAUCAAAUCCUGGUUCAGUGACCCCAGUGACACAGCCCUUCUCAACCUUCUCCCAAUGUUGGAUGCCCUCAGGUUCACUGCUGAUGUCCGUUCUGUGCUGAGCCGAAACCUUCACCAACAUAGACUCUGGUGACAGCUGCUCCCCCCCCACCUGAGUUGGGUGGGGGGGAAGGGAGGGAGAACUCUUGGGAUGCCGUCUGUUGCCCUGUCCAAUGUGAGGACUGCCUGGGCAGGGUCUGCCCCUCCUAUCCCUCUCUGCCCCUGGAGCCUUGCACUCCACUUACGGAGUUGGAUGGACACAUGGGCCAGACUGUGAAGCAGCCUCACUCUUCGUGUUCACACUCCAUGGAAAUGCCAGACCGGGACAAGUGAAGGCCUUGGAGAGCUGAAACUGUCUGGUGGAGAGGCAAGACUGGCCUGAGUGACAGACAUGAUCCCAGAGGCUGGAAAGAAGCAAAGUCAACUUUGUUGUGAUUUGAUUUUUUAAAAACUCUUGUAUAAAACUGA